CCCAUAUUAAAGUUUCAUUUCCUCAAUAAAUCUCCACCCUCUUUUGAUCAUCCAUAAAAGACCAUCGAAGAAAAGCUUGUAAUGUUAUUCACCUCCUGACUGACCAAACAUGCAUCUGAACAUCUUCACCGUUCUCAUUUUCACUCUUUUUGCUGAAGGACACUCGCUCAAAUGUUAUCAGUGCAUAGGUCUGCUGGGUCCUUGUGAGAAGAAAGAGACGACGUGUCCCUCUGGAGAUGCUGUAUGUGGAAGUCAAAUGACGGUACAAUCCAUUGGAGCCACUUCAACAAACAUACAGACAAAAAGCUGUCUAGAGCCAAAGAUGUGUGUAAAUGGAUCCCUCAACUUCGGUAUUACAAGAACAGCAACAACUACACAGUGCUGUAACACAGACCUCUGUAAUAGCCGAGAUGUUUCAGAUUCCAGCUCUAACAACCUGAAUGGAAAACAAUGUUAUUACUGUGAAAAUGACAGUUGCUUUAAUAAAUUAAGCUGCUUAGGAUCUGAAGACCACUGCAUUAAAGCAAAAGUAAAUUCGGAAUCUAUGUCCGUGACUGUUAAGGGAUGUGCAUCUAAAUCCAUGUGUGAUGCCAUAUCACAAAUAUCUCAAUAUGGAGACAUCUCAUGCUGUCAGGGGAAUCUGUGUAACAGCGCUAAGAGCAUCACUCAGAACCUCCUCAUUCUCCUCUCAUGGCCGUUCAUCUCCUACAUCAUGUUUCACUGAAUUCAGCAGAACAUCACACUCGGCGAAUGCAUCACAUUUAUACUUUGUGGUAGGACUUAUAAAAACUUGUGAAUAGGGAAUACUGAAGAUAUACUGUAGGCUCAUAAAUCCAACUACAGUCACACAAACAUCACUCAAUAUGACCUGAAUUUUCUUUUAUGAAUUAUGAUGAUCUGAUUAGUUUUUUAUUAGUGUUGUUUUUGUUUUUAGGGCAUGGGAAAAACAAGAUUUUGAUCACUUUGUGAACAUCUGAAGAGAUGACAGUAUUGCACCUGAACACAAUGAUGCCAAUAAAGCAAAUUUAAAUAAAAAUUUGGAUA